UCUCAGUGUAUAAUAAUAAUAUAUUGUCGUCUCCCCGCUUCUAGCUCAGGACCGGUGACACCUCCAGCUCUGCACUGCGCUCACCUCCCUGCACAAUGCUGACUCUGCUGUGCCUGUGCCUGCUCCUGGGCUCCUCAGUGGCCUCUAGUGUGCAGUCCCGUAUGUCUUCCUUCGUGGGGGAGCACGGCGCAGGAGGGGGCACCGCAUUUUCCUUCUCCUCGGAGCAGCUAAAAGGACCAAUCACAGGCCUGCGAGUGCGGGAGAACCCGAGUCACAUCAUAGGGGUCCAGUUCCAGUAUGGUGGCACCUGGGGACCUUAUUAUGGGAACCCAUCAGGAACGCUCCACGAGAUCUUACUCCAUCGGGGGGAGAACAUUGUACAAGUGUCCGGGAAGGUGGCCUCCUACGUGAACGAGCUGAUCUUCAUCACAAAUCGCGGGAGAAUACUUAAAUACGGUCAACCCUCCGGCAACAGCUUCAAUGAUUUCCCCCUGUAUGACGGCACCGUCCUCCGCUAUGUGAGUGGCCGGCAUUCAUCCGUCAUACACAGCAUUGGUUUCCAUUGGGGGGUCAGUCCAAGUUGUGUCAACUGCAAAGAAGAGUCCAAAUGA